AAGUUCUAGUGGUUAUUUCAGUGAAAUGUUCAAAUUCAAUUUCGAAAACUCCGAAAGUGAAUGCAAUUGGAAUGCCAAAAAACCGGAGAAAUCCACUUGCAUGGUUCCUCUGAUUGUUCAUACACCUCACAUGCACUCCAAAAUAGAAAAUGAUGAUGUCUCAAGUCUGAAGUUAAAGGAGGGACAAGAAAUGUUUUUCUUCAAAAAUAAGGAUUGCAAUGACUACAAGUUCAGUUUGCUGCCCAAUGUUUAUGAAGGUGGCUGCGAGCUUUGGGAGAGCACAGUAGAUCUGCUUAAUUUUCUAUCGAGGAACAGAAAACUCAUGGAAAACCAGACAGUACUUGAUCUAGGGUGUGGCUCAGGCUUAUUGGGAAUUUUUGCACUUCAAAUGGGUGCUGAAAAAGUGAUUUUUCAAGAUUUUAAUGCUAAAGUUAUAGAAAAUUAUUUGUUUAAAAACAUCAAAAUGAACUUCAGUCUAGAUUUUGCCCAAAAGUUUGAAAGAUGUAAGUUUGUGAGUGGCGAUUGGAAUGAUGCAAACCUGGUUCAUCAGCUAUGUAAGCCAACUAUCAUCCUGAGCAGUGAAACAUUGUACGAUAUCUCUAGCUACGACGCUUUGAUCUGUUUGUUUGAAAAAAUUCUUGCUCUUGGGGGCAAAGUAUUUUUAGCAUCUAAAUUAUAUUAUUUUGGCGUUGGUGGCUCCGUUGAUGCUUUUAUCGAGCGUUCGUCUAGUAUUUUUUCAUCUGAAAUAAUUUAUACAGUAAGUGAUUGUGGAGUUGGUAGAAGAAUUCUUUUGUUGCAACGUAAAUAGUAUUCUCAAUUCA